CGGAGCGGCCGGUCCUCGCCCCAGACCCUUGCGCCCGCCGGAGGCGCCCACCCUGGGGUCACCAUGACUCGGCUGAGCUGGUGCUUCUCCUGCGUGAUCCGAUGGGGCAAGUACUUCUUCACCUGCCUGCUGCCCCUGCGCUUCUGCUUCCGCAGUCAGCCAGAGGAUCUGGAGGCCCCCAAGACUCACCACUUCAAGGUGAAGACCUUCAAGAAGGUGAAGCCCUGUGGCAUCUGCCGUCAGGUCAUCACCCGCGAGGGUUGCACUUGCAAAGUCUGCAGCUUCUCCUGUCAUCGGAAAUGCCAGGCCAAGGAAGAGCACACUGGCUUGAAUUCCACCACGAGUGCCUGGCUUACAAAGAUCCCCUAUCCUGGCAUGGACAGGAGCCAUUUCAUCUAAUCCUCACAAUAACACGAAGAG